CUCUCUUGCGCCACUCCAGACAUGGCGGCUCCACUAGGGGGUAUGUUUUCUGGGCAGCCACCCGGGCCCCCUCAGGCCCCGCCGGGCCUUCCGGGCCAAGCUUCGCUUCUUCAGGCAGCUCCAGGCGCUCCUAGACCUUCCAGCAGUACUUUGGUGGACGAAUUGGAGUCAUCUUUCGAGGCUUGCUUUGCGUCUCUGGUGAGUCAGGACUAUGUCAAUGGCACCGAUCAGGAAGAAAUUCGAACCGGUGUUGAUCAGUGUAUCCAGAAGUUUCUGGAUAUUGCAAGACAGACAGAAUGUUUUUUCUUACAAAAAAGAUUGCAGUUAUCUGUCCAGAAACCAGAGCAAGUUAUCAAAGAGGAUGUGUCAGAACUAAGGAAUGAAUUACAGCGGAAAGAUGCACUAGUCCAGAAGCACUUGACAAAGCUGAGGCAUUGGCAGCAGGUGCUGGAGGACAUCAACGUGCAGCACAAAAAGCCCGCCGACAUCCCUCAGGGCUCCUUGGCCUACCUGGAGCAGGCAUCUGCCAACAUCCCUGCACCUCUGAAGCCAACGUGAGCAAAGGGCAGAGGCAGUUGGCCUAUAAGUGGGCUGGUGCGUGGGGUUGGCCACACAUCCCUUCCCGUGGACUUGACAUUUUGGAAGAACUCUUUGCCAGAUAAUGAGUUCAUUUUAGUUUUAUGCUUCCAUUGAAAAAUUUUCCACUAUUUUUAUAAGCUGUUCAUUUCUUGAGUACUUUAUAACAUGUCUGUAGCUUGGAUAAACCAAGUAAAUAUUUUUUUUUUUAUCUUUAGCCAAGUUUAGACUGUGAAUAUGAUGACACAGAUUCUUUUUUAUGGUGGCUUUGCUUGUUUUUAAAUUUUUGCAUGACUUUUCAUCUUUUUAUGUGUGUUUCCUGUAGUUUGAUCCGAAGGAAAAGAGUAUAGUAGCCUGAGAAUCAGGAGAUGGGAAUUUUAGUUGUAGGCCUUAUGAUAAUUACUCCUCAGUGGUGCGUAGAAAAGUAUGUAAAUUUGCUCUGUUUUAAGACUUUGAACUACCUCAAGAAGAGGAAUCUAAUACAAUAUUUGUAAUGUUUCCAGAGCUCUCAGAAUGAGGAUUUUUUUUGUAAAUAGGUUGGAAGAGGAUGGAACUAUCCUGGGUUAGUGUAGUAAUCUUACAGUAGGAUCCUUAGGUUGAUGCUGACUUCUAUUUGGGGUAUGUUUAUAUUUUAUGUAGUGUUUGUUUACUUUUUUUUUUGACAGAAGAUACAGUGGGAGCAGUGAUACGCUAACAUUCAUUACAUUCUGCAGUAUCGAGUCUGUUUAAUGGGGCAGAUGCUGUUUUCAGUAGCAUAACAGUGGGGGCAUAGGUGAUCUAUGAGGGGCUAAAUCUUGCUCUGACUGUCUCUUUUUGUUUUGAGUUUUGUUUGCGUGUAUCAUUUUUGUUUUACAUUUUGGGAGGGGAAACAUUUUCCAUUAAGGAAGGUUGUUGCCAGUGGAUUUGACUCCAAGGGACUAGAGUGUUGUGGUGGGGGUGGGGAGGGGCUGCAGGGUGAUCGUUGGCUACUGAGCCUCCACAAAGAGCAUGUGGCGCCCCGCCUUUGCUCUUUGUGGAGCAAAGAUAUUUUGCUCUGGUUAGUUUUGUAGGCAGCCUCAGAUUCCCUGUUGAGUUGCUGUUAAGAAAUGGAGACUUCUGGCUCUCAUUGGGUAAGGUUUUCUGAGUUUUAUGAUCUCUUACUAGAUCACAUCCAUUUACCCAGAACAAAUGCUUCACUGUCUUCUGACUGGCAGUACUCCUGUG